GGCUGAUGCGCGACAGUUGUUCCGCCACACUUUACGGCAGCGCACGGCGCUCGGCUGCAGUCAACUUUAUCAGCAGGUGUUUUUCUUGUCAUGCGCAUUGGACUUCCCCGCGUAGAGGCGCUGCCAGGUGGAUCAACCCUAGCUUGGCUUCUGCUGCUGAGGACUGUCGGACUGAGGGCCUUCUCCAUGGCUUCUGAGACGUACACGUCGGGCACGCACUCGGCCGCCUUUGUCACCUGCCCCAACGACACCGUGGCCAAAGACCUGGCCAGAGGUAUCGUGCAGCAGAAGCUGGCCGCCUGUGUCAACAUCGUGCCUGCAAUCACAUCCAUAUACGAAUGGCAGGGGGAGAUCCAGGAGGACAGCGAGGUUCUGCUGAUGAUUAAAACUAGAAGCUCCAAGGUUCCCGCUCUCACCAAUUAUGUCCGGAAGAACCAUCCCUACGAGGUGGCCGAGGUCAUCAGCCUGCCCGUCGACCAGGGCAACCCUCCCUACCUCAAGUGGAUCGGAGACACUGUGCCGGAAUAAGGAUCGAUGAGGGAUGAGGCUGGGUGAUUAUGCAAAUUAUGACAUCACAAUCCAUCAGUCUUGAGGUGAAAUAACUUUAGGACAACGCACCUUUCGCUCAUUUUUUCCUGUGUUACUCUUCUCAACUGGUUGGGCUGCAGGCGCCACCAUGAAUAUUUCUACUAAACCGCUAAUACAAAUCACAACUUCAGUAUGUCGUCAAAGUUGAAAAAUUGUCAAAAAGUUCAAUAUUCACGCUGGAAAAAUGAAAUGCAAAAAACUUCCUGAGUCUUGCAUUGUUUUUUUGUUUUUAAAAAAAAAUUAAACUCCUGGAAUCACAUAACUUGCGCAAUAUUUUCAUUUAUCGAGAUGAUUGUAUCGCAAACAACUCUUUGUUCACUGAAAAGUAGGGAUGGGUACUGUUCACUCUUGAAGCGAUACGGUACCAACCUGGGAAUCGAUAACAGUACCCAUUUUUUGGUACUUUUGUGAGUGUUAAUAAAUAACAAUUGUUUUUGAUAACGAAAUCCCAUUUUUUAUUGCAACAUUUAAAGGCCUACUGAAAUGAAUUUUUUUUAUUUAAACGGGAAUAGCAGAUCCAUUCUAUGUGUCAUACUUGAUCAUUUCGCGAUAUUGCCAUAUUUUUGCUGAAAGGAUUUAGUAGAGAAAAUCGACGAUAAAGUUCGCAACUUUUGCUCGCUGAUAAAAAAAGCCUUGCCUGUACCGGAAGUAGCGUGAUGUCACAGGAGCUAGUAUUCCUCACAAUUCCCCAUUGUUUACAAUGGAGCGAGAGAGAUUCGGACCGAGAAAGUGACGAUUACCCCAUUAAUUUGAGCGAGGAUGAAAGAUUCGUAGAUGAGGAACGUUACAGUGAAGGACUUGAGAGGCAGUGAUGGACGUAUCUUUUUUCGCUCUGACCGUAACUUAGGUACAAGCUGGCUCAUUGGAUUCCACACUCUCUCCUUUUUCUAUUGUAGAUCACAGAUUUGUAUUUUAAACCACCUCAGAUACUAUAUCCUCUUGAAAAUGAGAGUCGAGAAUGCAAAAUGGACAUUCAUAGUGACUGAACAUGUAAAUACACGAUUAAUAAUAUUCAGCUUUGCGAAGCUAAAAAAAUAGAAGCUAACCUAGCUACGUAGCCAACGUGAUAGCAUUAGUCUCAAAUGCAGAUAGAAACUAAAUUAAAAAAAAACCCUGACUGGAUGGAUAGACAGAAGAUCAAAAAUACUAUUAAACCAUGAACAUGUAAAUACACAAUUAAUAAUAUUCAGCUUUGCGAAGCUAAAAAAAUAGAAGCUAACCUAGCUAUGUAGCCAACGUGAUAGCAUCAGUCUCAAAUGCAGAUAGAAACUAAAUUAAAAAAAACCCUGACUGGAUGGAUAGACAGAAGAUCAAAAAUACUAUUAAACCAUGAACAUGUAAAUACACGAUUAAUAAUAUUCAGCUUUGCGAAGCUAAAAAAAUAGAAGCUAACCUAGCAACGUAGCCAACGUGAUAGCAUCAGUCUCAAAUGCAGAUAGAAACUAAAUUAAAAAAAAACAUGACUGGAUGGAUAGACAGAAGAUCAAAAAUACUAUUAAACCAUGAACAUGUAAAUACACGAUUAAUAAUAUUCAGCUUUGCGAAGCUAAAAAAAUAGAAGCUAACCUAGCAACGUAGCCAACGUGAUAGCAUCAGUCUCAAAUGCAGAUAGAAACUAAAUUAAAAAAAACCCUGACUGGAUGGAUAGACAGAAGAUCAAAAAUACUAUUAAACCAUGAACAUGUAAAUACACGAUUCAUAAUAUUCAGCUUGGCGAAGCUAAAAAAACAGAAGCUAACUUAGAUGCGGCGGCGGGCGUACUCACGGUAGCGCGUCUGCUAUCCUGCUCAAAACACAACACAACCUCCUGGUGUUGGUGUUGCUGUAGUCCGCCGCCCCACCGAUCGCACCUACAACUUUCUUAUUUGCAGUCUCCAUUGUCCAUUAAACAAAUUGCAAAAGAUUCACCAACACAGAUGUCCAGAAUACUGUGGAAUUUUGUCGAAGAAAACAGAGGUAUUUGAAUUGGGUCCAAACACUUCCCUUGACCUCGUGACGUCACGCGCAUACGUCAUCAUACCGCGACGUUUUCAAGCGGAAGUUUCCUGGGAAGUUUAAAAUUGCACUUUAUAAGUUAACCCGGCCGUAUUGGCAUGUGUUGCAAUGUUAAGAUUUCAUCAUUAAUAUAUAAACCAUCAGACUGCGUGGUCGGUAGUAGUGGGUUUCAGUAGGCCUUUAAGAAUUAGCUGAUUAUGAUAACUACUGUAUUUACAGUUCCAAGUCCAAGAUGGCCAUAGUGUUCUUUCUACAUCAUUUACAUGUGCCAACAUGUAAAUAAAUGUACCUUGAUACUGUUUGGUAAUUCAGGUAAUGCAUUCCUCCCUAGGUGUUGAUAUUGACACUUUAGGGCAGGGGUGUCAAACUCGUUUUCAUUGAGGGCCACAUCGCAGUUAUGGUUGCCCUCAGAGGGCCGAUUUUGACAAUGAGUAAUAUAUGAAUAUACAUGUACAUGUAAAAUACAUUAUCAAUGUAUUUUUUUACAUAAGCUGCAAAAAUAUUUAAAAUUUUAUUUUAAAAACUGGCAGCUCAGUCACCAGAAUUUUACAGUAAAAGCAGUGUUGUUGUUUUUUACAGCAUAUAAAAAAUGGAGUGAAUGGAAUGGAAUGGAGAAACAAUGCCAGUUUUUUGGGUUUUUUUUACCGUAAAAUCUUGUUUAAUGUUUUUUUUGUUUGUUUUUUAAUGUUUUAGUGACUUACUGUAUAUGGAAAAAAAACUGUACCAAAGUUGGUUUUACGGUAAAAAACUCAGUCGGCGGAAUUUAAUUGUAAAAUCUAUUGUCAUUUUUACUGUCUACAAUUUGAUUGAUAAUUUGUUUUGAACUCAUAAGUCAAGCAGAUGUUUAAGUACAAUAUGUAUAUUUAUUUUAACAAAACAUAUUUUUGGAAUACAUGAUAAUAUCAUAUUUUGAUGGUGAUAAUAUUGAAUUUUAAAAUAUAUGCAAUUGUAUGCAGUACAUGAUUUUUAAUGUAAAAAAAAAUAGAACGACUAUAUUUAGUAAGAAAAGUUUAAGCAUUUUAUUAACGCAUAUUAUUUCCAGGCUUCCACGGGCCACGUAAAAUAAUGUGGCGGGCCAGAUUUGGCCCCCGGGCCUUGAGUUUGACAUCUGUGCUUUAGGGUGACAAAUUAAUUUUCACUGAGGGCCACAUCACAAUAAUGGCUGCUCUCACAGGGCCGGUGUUCUGAAAAUUACUUUAAAAAAGUAAUUCAUUAUAGUUACCCGUUACUUUACCAAAAAAUAAGUGAUUUAAUUACUAACGGAAUUACUCUUUAAUAAAUUAAUCACCAGGGAAAGUAACUGAUACGUUGGUUUAAAAAAAUAUAAAAAAAUGAAUCUGGCAUAUGCGUUUGAGAGCUGUUUAAUACAAGAGCACAGUGUGCGGAGUCUGUGCUUUUAAAAGGCGGGGCUUGUUGCCCAGUGACGUGUGACGUCAUCGAGGGUUUCAACGGAGCUGUGUUUGUUAGCUUUAGAAGUUAGGAGCACCUUCCCCGCCAGCUCUUUUGAAUCUUUCCACCGGAUUGUGUUACCUCUGUUUAAUAAAGAGAUUUAAUGUGAUUCAAUGGCUGUCAUAUCUUCCUGUCAACAAACGGGGUAU